ACGUAAAACUAUUUCUUUAUUCUUGUUUUGGUUUUUUGGUUGUAUUUUAGUUUUGACGUUAUUAUAAUGGUAAUUGCUAAAGAAUGCUGAAUUUGAUUGUGAACAGUUAUUUUUUUCUACUUGUCUAAGGAAUAUCUAUUCGGAUUUUUAUUAUAAUUUUUAAAAAGUUUGGUUGACGUGAAGAAUUUUUAACGCUUGUUUAUAUUCAAGUUGUAACGAAAAUGCUGUACAUUCCAGCCGGUUAAGAUGUUUACAAAUUAUGAACAUGUAGUUAACUUUGAAUUUUAUAAUGAAUUGGAUGCAAUAUUCGCAUUUCUGCAUUAUUUAUGCUUUUGAGAUGGAUGAAUAGUCAUUAUCAAUGAAGGCAAUUGGUCCUUUAGCCCCAACUGAUGGCUCGGAAUGAAAGGGCAGGUCAUUGUUGGUCCCAGCCUCCUCGGUCAACACCUGCCAAGAGUCGUUCAGGCUGUAGUAGGGGGCUGGGAUCUGAAGAUUUAGAUGAUAUCGGAGAAAUCGUCAAUGCCCUGUCUUGUGGGGAAAGAAAGAUACCGAAAUCCAGCAGUUGGCAGCGUAGUAAAAAUGCUACAAGCCAUGGAAAAUACUCAUCUGAUUGUUGCCUGAAAAAUGGCCUAGUGCAAUGUCGUUGUUUAUCACAAAAUAGCUUUCCAGAAUGGCAAAGAAAAAAUAAUACAAAAACGUUUACAAAAGAUACUUUGCCAUUUGAAAGAAAAUCUACUUUAUGGGCAGAUAGCAAUGUAUCCAAUGGAUGUUUUGAAGAGAAUAAAAUGUUGGAAGAGUUUAUUCUUGAUGACAACGAACUUUGUCUUUUAAAUUAUUAUGAUAUUCCUAUCAAUGUUUCCAGGAGACAUGUGAGGAACUCUGGGAAGGUGAAAACAGUUUCUAUAAUUGAUACUUUGAGUGAAUUAGCUUCUGGGGCAACUGAUAGGGAAGAUGAAGGAGGAUUUUCAUCUGCAGUCAGUGAAUCUGCUGUUCUCAAUCGAUAUUUACAUAAACCUAAGGCUAGGCAUGCUCGCCAAAAUGUACCAAGGAGAGAUUGUGGACUUAACUCAAGUAAUUUUGUCCCUGUGUCAAAUGCUACCUCUGCCAUACAAACAAACACUUACAAUUCAAUUAAAAAUGCUGCUUUUAGCACUCCUCAAAAAAGUAGGACUGAUUCUUUUAAUAAUGUUUAUUCUCCUGUACUUGAUGAUAGUGGUAUGCCUUGUAGUUCAUUGAAAAGAACAUUAAAAUGCUUAAGAAAAGCUGUUGCAUCAAAUGUUGUGCAAGAAGAAAUUCGUAAUCGAAAAUUUGUAAAAGAAAAACCGAGUGAUGAUGAUGCCUUUCGCCUUUGUUUUUCGGACAGUGAAGUGAAAGAUACGCCUGUUAACUGGCCACCAAAGCAUCAUAAAUUGCAGUUCACACCUAAGAUAAAAUCAAAAAGUCUUCUUGCAGUUAGUGAACCAGUUGUUAAACAGACUGCAAAACCAACCUCAAUAUUUCGAAAUCGGUCAAAGGCUUCAAUUCCUGACUGGAUUCAAGAAGUAUUUACUGCCUCAAAAAAAGGAAAUGUUGAUAAAAUGAAAUUAAGUUUGAAGGGCAUAGAUCCUGCUUUAGUUCGUAAUCUAUCAGAUGAUCAUGGAAAUAAUUUAUGGCAUAUUUGUGCUGUUCACAAUAAUUUUGAAUGUCUUGAUUGGCUUUGUUCACAUAAUCCACAUCAGUCUGAUGCUCUCAAAGAUGAAAAUAAGAAUGGUUUUUCUCCUGCAGCACUUGCAGUUAAACAUGGAAGUCUUCUAGCUGUUCAGUGGCUUAUUCAUAAUACAAUAAGUAAAGCACAGUUAUUACCACAACCUGAUUCCAGAUCAUUAUUGCACAUUUCUGCAAGAUAUGGGCAGUGUACAGUUUUAGAAUGGCUUCUCAGUUACAUGAAAUCUCAGGAUCUUGAUGCUGGUAUUGUUGAUUCUGAAGGAAAUACAGCUCUUCAUCUUGCAGCUAAAUAUGGACACAUUAAUUGUGUAAAGGCGCUAGCUUUCCAUGUUGGAAACUUAAAAGCCAAGAAUGAACAUGGCUUGAAACCUUUAGAAUUGGCUGUAAAGCAUGGUAAAAAUGAUUGUGCAGAUUUUCUGGCAGUUUUAGAAUCAUGUUAUAAUUUAGCAUCUUUAAAUUUAAGACAACAUUUAGAUAUUCAACACCUUCAGAAAGAAAAUACAGAAAUGAAAAAUUAUUUUAAAGAGCUUCUCACUUUAACAAAGCGUUUACAACACCGUCAAAAGGAACUAGUACAAUCUUUUACAAGAAUGAACAUUCCUCCUCAGUAUUAUUCAGCGUCUAGUGAAUGGAUGAAUGAAAAAAAUGUUCGAUACUUGGAUGAUUAUUCACAACUUUUAGCUACUGUUAUGACAGAUGAGGAGCAUCGCUUACUGAUGGUAGAAAACAAAUGGAAAAAAUCAAGAAAACAAGCGAAACUUCCUGACAACAAGAAAAAGCCUUUAGAUAUUUUAAGAUCUCAGUUUAAUCACAUAAUGGGUAAAGUGAAUUCGCUCAGUCCUCCCAUACCAUCAACUCCUGAAACUUCUGAUAGUAGCUGGAAUAGUGAAGAAGAAGAAGAGGAAGAAAUAUUUGAAUCUGAAAAUGGCUUUCCUGAACUUUCACCACCAGAUGUUGUGAAUUCUCUUUUUCCACAAACUUCUGUUCCUUACUUGGAUACCAGACAAAAAUCUCAAGAAGAUCAGACUAUUACUGAUUCCAACAGCAAAGUUACAGACCAGGAUACUAAGCACAUUUCUAUGCAAGAUGCUUUUUCUUUCAAAAAACCUACUCCUUCGUCUAUCUCUUCUAGUAACAGAGAUGUAAAUUUGCGUAUGUUCUUUAAGCAAAAUCCUAAUUUAAGGUUGUCUGGGGAAACAUGUUCAGUACUUGAAGUGCUAGAACCAUCAAGCAGUGAUGGCGAAGAAUGUUUAAUCCAGAAAAAGAAAUUAGCAGGUAAUUUUCAUAGUGAGAAAGAAACAGAACAGAGUUCUUCUAGUUCUGCUUUAGAAACUUUUGGUCCUUAUUCUAGAAGGCCCUCAUCAUCUGGCUCAAAAGCAUCUGGAAGCCAUAGUAGUAGUAGUGGUGGCAGCAGACCCAAACCAUUUUCAGCAUCAUCAGGAAAUGUUCCAAUUGAUGCAAAUUAUGCAUCAUUAGAGAAAAGUAAAUCGUCUGAGGAAACAGGGAAUGCCUCAUCUGGAAAUAAGGAUUCAAAUAGCCAACUUGCUAUGGAUAAUAAUAUUUCCUCGGAACCAGAUUUAAUAAAAGGCACUCAAAAGAAGAAAAUGUUAUCACCUUUUUCAACAAUGGAUAGAGAAAGAAGAGGCAUAAAAGAUGGAUCUCCUGAUUCUGUUUUAAUAGAGAAUCCUAACAUAAGUACAGAUAGUGAAAGUUUGGAGGCAGAUCGUAGUUUUUCUAGCAUAGCUGAAGGAGCUGAUACUUUGGUUUCAUCACAAAUUAAUACAGAAUCUUCUAUAACUGGUUCAACAGGUAAAAAGAAAAACUUUCUCUUUAAAUUUGCUUUAAAAGGACGAUGGCAAAAUAAAGGUUCUCCACGCUCCUUGAAAAACGAAAUUUCUCCUGAAGAAUUCCGUGAAACCUAUUCCAGAUCAGCAUUGACAGAUAAUGCUUCUCUUACUAGUCAGUUUGUAAUUCCUGAUAGUUCUACCAGAAAAAGUUAUCCUCAACCAAAAAAUGAUUCUGAAAGUUUACCAGUUGAUGUACCAGAUAAAGACUUAACAGCUAGCUGUGAGAGAUUAAAUGAUCCUACUCUUUUUCCAUUACCACCUACUUGUGAUAAAAUGAAUCAAAACAAUUUGCUAGGUAGAAAAGGGUUAUUGCCUGCACGUCGAGAUCCACCUCCAGCGCCACCUUUGACUGUUGAUGAUGAUGAUGAUGAGCAUUUGCAAGACCAUUCUGACGAUGAUAUAAGUAUUAGUAUUCAAAAAUCAUCAGUAUCUUCAUGUGUAGAAGGGUCUUCCCACAAUUCAUUCAUGAACUCAAGGUCACCAGAUUUGUGGCAUUCUGCAGAUUCAAAAUCUCAUUUUAGACCAGCAUCAUCUGCAUCCCGCAUUGAUUCUCCAUCUAGAGGAGAUGAAAAUUUUCCUUUGAACAAAUCAUCAUCAGCUUCUACUGAAAUGCUUUCAGCACUAGAUUCUUCUACUGCUGGUCGGCAAUCACCAGCUCCUAGUGAGGUUUCCAAAACGGAGAGUGCACUUUCUCCGCCAAGCGAUGUUUCUAAAACUGAAAGUACACGUUACCUGAGUCAGCUUGGCAAAAUUGAAGAAAGUGGACAUUUAGCUGCAAUAAAAAUUACAAAUUUACAGUCUAGUGAAGAGCAAAAUAUCAAAGAGAACUCUUUAACAACUGAUGCUAAAACACCAAGUAAACACAAAAAGUCCAAGAAAUUGAACUCUGAUAAACCUUGGUAUGAAUUUUCUGAUGAAGAAGAUGUCAUUGUUCCUCAGCGGUACAAAGCUGUCGCUGUCAGUAUGCGAAGUAGUUCAGAAGAUGAAGGAGCUGUAACAGGAUAAUUUUUUUGUAACAGGUGUUUCCUAUACAUUAUCUGUUUAUAUUUCAUAACUGGGGGCGAAAAACAAUUAGUAAAACUUUGGUCAAGAUACUGUGAUUGUUAUUCACAAAUGUGCUAGUAUUUUGAUGCAUAGCAAAAGCAUAGAUGUGUUUAAAUAACGGUUUUCCUUUUUCUAUUUUCUGUAUUUAUUUGUUGACAAACAAUAGUGAUCAUUGUUCAUAAUGACAAUAUUUAUAGAAUUUGGGGUUUUUUUGUAUAAUUUUCAUCUAAAAUGUGUUUUUUAAGUUUAAUUUUUACUUUUUUGUUUAAGACAUACACAGGCAGAAUCUAAACCAUUCAAAAUUUGGGGUUGUGUAUUUAUAUUUAUUUAUCACCCUUUUAUUUUGUUUUCCUUUUUUUUUUUUUUUUUUUUUUUUUUUUUUCCAACUUUAUGCAGGUGUAAUUUUUUGGAAAACUUAAAUUGGAUGGUAUGUUUUGACUCAAGCUCUCUUGCUUCUGUUGUGAUUAAAAUUUUUAUUAAAUGGUUGUUCAGCAGUACAAGGUAUUAAUAUAAACUAUAAGUUUAUAACUUGAUAUUAGUUUUUAUUGUCAAUUGAAUCGGCUGUUUUUUUCUAACCCAUCUUCUUAUUUAUCCAAAUAUGUUUGACUUUUAGAUUAUUUCAGAAAUUUGUAAUGCCAAGUAUUUUGACCAGAGUUUUCAUAGUUGUUCACUCAUUUGUUACUCAGGGAAUUUUUAUGGAAUGGCAUGCAUAUGUUGCUUAUACAAGUCAUGAAAAUGCAUGUAUUCUGCUUUAAAUCUUUAAAUGAAAAUUUCACAUUUGUUCGCAUACAUUUCUGUUGUUAGACGUUGUAUAAAUACUUUCAAAUAUUUAUGUACCUAUAAAGGUAGCCCACCUAAUCUUAAAACGGGUAUUUUUCUACUCAUCUGUAAUGUUUUUGUAUGAUGUUUUUAUUAUUUUUUGAAGCACUGAUGGUGUGCAAAGUAAGUAUGAAGGAGUCAUGUUUUUGUAAUAUAAAUUUACACAAAAUAGAAGCAUUUUAGAUAUUUUAUUGGUGUUUUUUUUAAUUUAGUAAUUAAAUUAUUUGCUUAUAGCAUAAAAAAUGAUAUUUAAUAUCAUUUUGAUCAUUGAAGCUAAUCAAAUAUUAUUUCCUGGUUAUUUAAAAUUGUAAGCUAUUAAGCUGAAAUUUUUGUUCAUUGUUUACCUUGUUAAAAAGAAGAAGAAAAAAUAACGAAUUUUUUUUUGAUAAUUUUUAACUGUUUAAUUUUUUAAGAAAUAAUUAUUUUUGAGUUUACUUUUCUUUGCUUUUGUUAUGUUUAAAUACACUCUUACCAUUAAAAUCUUUAUUCCAUUUACAACUUUUUUGCAUUUUAAAGAAGCAAGUAAAACAUGUGCCUUU